UGUGUGCGUGUGUGUGUGGGGGGGGGCUCAGACCCUCCACAGUAAGCUGUAUAUAAGUAUGAAAGACCACCAUUCAUCUGCACAGGGCGAAGCGUCAACCAAGAAGCACGAGUGAGGAUCUAUUCUUUCUAUUCAAACUUUAUUGUGUUGACAGGAAGCAGAAAUCUGAGCGGCUGGGACAGAGUCGCCUGGAGCUCUGCUCAGUUUCUGGUUGGUUUCUCUCCCCGAGUGACGCGAGCAGCUCCGAGGAGACACAGCGACACCUGAGCAGCAGGAUGUCUCAGCUUCCUGUCUUUCCCCGCACGUGCGUCCCGCUGCUUUGCAUUCUGGGUAUGAUCUUGCUGACGUCUGGCUUCCCUCAGCCUCGCCUUCCUCUCAGAAGUUUGGAAGAUUCGGAGGAACACAAACGAGUCGACUGGGACGUCCUCUACCCUUCCAUCUCUCUCCGUGAUUGGAGCAUCCAAAUGAUGUCAGCGCCCGGCCUUAGAGCAGCAGCCAACAGCAAAGCAGGACUGAUGAGGGAGGCGUGGCUAUUUGCUCCAGAGGGGGCGGAGACAAGUGUGGAGGGGGCGUGGCCUGCAGAAUGGUCGUCUCCGGGAGCCGGGAUGGCGAAGAGGAACCUGGUGGUGGCCGACGACGCGGCUUUCAGGGAGAAGAGCAAGCUGCUCACCUCCAUGGAGAGGCAGAAGUGGCUCAAUUCGUACAUGCAGAAACUGCUGGUGGUGAAUUCGUGACGUG